UAAAAAAUAAAUAAAUAUUGAAGAAAAAAAAGAAUUAGAAUGACAAAUGGGGUAGAUGGAGGAAGAUCGUCAUCAUCAAGUGUAGGAAGUUUAGGGUCAUUGGUUGUAAGAUCAUCGAGUAAUGGCAGUUUACAACCAAAUGAGCCAUUGAUUUCACCACCACCAGUUUCUUCUAAGAAAGUUUUUAUUGGGAAUAAAGAUAAAGAGUAUUAUAAUUAUUAUUAUUAUAGCCAUUAUUAUACUAAUAGUUAUAGUAAUAUUACUAGUAGUAAUAGUUAUAGUAAUGUCUCAUUUAUUUGGAGUUGGAUCUUUAAAUUUGUACCUAGAAAGAAAGUUGGAAUGCUGCUUUUGUCACUUGCUUCAUUUGCAGCUAUGUUAUGGAUACUUUAUAUUGCUAAAGGUGAAGUUUACCAGACGAGCAAUUCGUCUCUAAGAUUUUCUGGAUAUUCACAAAUUAUUGAUGAAAGAAGAGCUCAAAAGUUGAAUUCUACUUUAAUGAAUGAUCAAACGAGGCUCACAGUACAUGAUGAUAACAGGAUUGAACCCCACCCUCCUCCACCUCCAACCACGACCACCCACGCACCUCCGCCGCCUGUUUAUUUCAGAGGAUACACUCUUCCUCCUGGAAAUCCUUGUGAGACCUUCACAUUGCCACCUCCACCAGCAGACAAGAAAAGGACAGGCCCACGUCCUUGUCCGGUGUGUUACCUGCCUGUGGAAGAUGCUAUAGCUUUAAUGCCAACAUAUCCAUCAUAUUCUCCGGUGCAUAAUCUAACUUACAUCCAUGAUGAGAGUUUAAUUAGAAGUGAAUUUGGAGGAUCGGAUUUUGGUGGAUAUCCUUCCUUAAAGCAAAGAGCUGAAUCUUAUGAUAUAAAAGAGUCCAUGGCCGUGCAUUGUGGAUUUGUCAGAGGAGAUAGGCCUGGGCGCAAUUCAGGAUAUGACAUUAGUGAUUCAGAUCUUUUUCAUAUGGAUCAGUGUCAUGGAGUGGUGGUGGCAUCAGCAAUAUUUGGAGCUUAUGACUUGAUUCAACAACCAAUGAACAUUAGCGAAACUUCAAAGCAAAGUGUGUGCUUUUUCAUGUUUAUCGAUGAAGAAACAGAAGGGUUUAUGAGGAAUUCAAGUUAUCUGGAUGAUAGCAAGAAGAUAGGCUUGUGGAGAGUUGUUGUUAUCCACAACCCCCCAUACAUUGACCCAAGGCGCACCGGAAAGGUUCCAAAGCUUCUAUCACACAGGCUUUUCCCGAAUGCUCGGUACUCUAUAUGGUUGGAUGGAAAACUUAAGCUUGUAGUUGACCCUUAUCAAAUACUUGAAAGGUUUUUGUGGAGAGAAAAUGCCAGUUUUGCAAUAUCCAGGCAUUAUAAGCGCUUUGACGUGUUUCAAGAAGCCGAAGCUAAUAAGGUGGCUGCAAAAUACGACAAUGCCUCCAUUGAUUUCCAGAUUGACUUUUACAAAAAGGAGGGUUUGACCCCGUAUUCAACUGCCAAGCUUCCUAUUAGAAGUGAUGUACCGGAAGGAUGUGUGGUAAUAAGAGAACAUGUUCCCAUCUCCAAUCUCUUUGCAUGUCUUUGGUUUAAUGAAGUUGACCGCUUUACUUCAAGAGACCAGAUAAGUUUUUCCACAGUGCGGGACAAGAUCAGGUCAAAGACGAAUUGGACUGUAAACAUGUUUUGGGAUUGUGAAAGGCGAAACUUUGUACUUCAGGGAUACCAUAGAGACGUUAUGGAGCAUUGGGCUCCACCACCACCCCGUCCUGGCACACCUGUUAUCAAUUCUCGUUCUUCUCUUCUUAUUGAUGAACUACAAAAAAAUUCCACAGUAUUAAAUGUAAGUAAUCCAAAGAAGACACCAUCAAGAAAACACCGACGAGACAAAAAAUCAAGUUCUAGGGGGCACAGAAAAGUUGCUGCGGGAACAAGAAGCACCAUUACGCGAAGUUAAAAUUAAAUGCAAGCAAAGGAAAUCAUUCUUACCUUCAUUGUUUAAUUAGAGAAGUCAUUUUUGGUCUAGGAAAAUCGAUUGAAGAUGAGAAUUCUUCGUUAUACAUACAUGUUUUCUUUUUCUUAGUUGACCAGUGACACAUUUUUUUGCUGUAUAUACAAUUUUGAAAAUAUUAUAAUAAUCCGUUAAUUGCACGUCUA